AAAAUCUUACGAUUUUUGUACUGUUUUCUAUAAUCAAAAGCUUAAUCCAGUUUUCUUCCCAAUAGCAAUAAUAUCUUUCAUAAAAUACCCAUACACACAUCUUAUAUUAUUCUUCAAUUCGUAAUCUUUUGUUGAGAUGCCGGGGUCCCAAACUGAGAAUCAGACAAAUCAUCCUGAAGAAGUGAAUAUUACUUCAAAUGUCGAGUCUUCCCAGAAACCUGAAAGCCUGAAGAAGGAUGAGGAAGAUGCUGACCUUUUACAACGUAAGUUGGAAGCUGCUGAGGCAAUGCGGAAGGCAGACAACGCAUACCAGCCCUACAGCGUGACUGAUAACAUGUAAGAAGCGAUACACAUACUCCAUUAUCUCGAACAUUCAUAUUUUAUAAAUGCUUUUAAAUUAUUUUACGAUGACGUGAAAUGUCAAAUUAUUUUUAUUGCUAUUAAUGCUUUAUUGAUAUUUUUAUUAAUUUUCCAUAGCAAAGAUAAUAGCUACUAUACAAAAUGGAUCAUUUGAUGUGUCUCUUUGUUAUUUCGAGAACAUAAAGAUAGUGUUCUGUAUUAUAUAGUUUAUUAUUGUUGGUAGCCUAUGGAAUGAUACACACACUAACACAAAAAUAAAAUGUAUA